UGUAAAAUGCAACUCGCGAACAGACAGGAUGGAAUUUUCUCUCUCACACCUUUUUUUUUUCCUUUUUUUUGUCUGUUAAUUCCCAAGUCAGCCGAUAAAGCGGACAAUUUGCCGGACCGUCUAUAAGAGAAACACCCACGAAAAAAUGGAUUUUAGCGAUGUUCAUUAUGCCGGAGAAGUUGCAUCAUUAAAUUCCCAGGGUUGGAAUUUUGCCUGCCAUGGAUCGAUGGGUUCAUAGGUUCAGGCAUCGCCUCCUCGCUUGGUUCCACCGAUCUCGUUCCGUGCCAAUAUUAUACGUGAGGCGUUUUCCGUACAAAGAAAUAAAAAGGGCAACUGGUGGGUUCAACACAAUUGUCUAUAGCAAUGCUCGCAAUGCUGCUUAUAAAGCUAAAUUUCUAGAUGGCAGAGUCACGCUGGUGAAAGAACUGAGUUUGAAUGAUGAUACCUUCACCACAGAAGUGCAGCUCCUCGGACGCUUGCACCACCGCCAUCUUCUUGCAUUGAUUGCUCGUGUUUGAUGAGAUUGGAAAUGGAAGCUUGAGAGAUCAUCUUAAUGAUCCUCUCAGAACUCCCUUGAAUUGGAGGAUGAGGCUACAAAUAGCCGCAGGUGUGGCUGCUGCGCUGGAGUACUUGCUUCUUUUCACCGAUCCUCCAAUGUGUCAUGUUUCCAUUAGCUCAAGCACUAUUAUGUUAGAUGAAAAUUUCACUGCAAAGAUAUCUGAUGUUGGCUUUCUCUGCUCCCCCGUGACCAUCGGCAGUUAUCAGGAGGCAUCCAAGUCAGAUGACUAUAUGGAUCAAAAAUGUGCAAAGAUGAUUUACCAGCUUGGAGUUCUGAUCCUGGAGCUCAUUACUGGACAAUCGUCUGAUGGAACAGGUGGCGAUCUGAUCAAGUGGAUCCAAGGGACAAACUUUGCCAGAACAAUAAACAAGAUGAUCGACCCCGACCUCGGAAAUAGCUUCGACCAAAAAGAAGUAAGAAACCUUCUAGCAAUAGCAAAGUUGUGUAUAAAGUCCAAAGAUAAGCCAAGAUUCUCCAUUCCCCAGAUUUUCAGAUACCUGCAGAGUAAAGUAGAGGUGACUAAGUACUAGUAUUUUCUCCACAGCUCUAUUUGGAAAAUUUCCUCUUUUUUCUCUUUUUUUCUUCCCCUGUUUUGUUCAAAGACUUUUUUUUUUUCUCCACGUAAAUUAUAUUAUAUUAUUAGUUUUUUUCUUUUUUUAACUUUUUCAAAGGGAAAAUGGUGUAUUAUUUUGUUCGUUCAUAAGUUUACAUAACAUAAGCUUGUCUCCUAUUCAGGUAAACAUGUUAUAUUCCAUUGCAUUUUGUAUACAGUAAUAACAAAGGCUAAGUGAGGUUGCCAAGGAUCAA